CCCGAACGCUGAUAGUAGACUGCCAAUUAUUUCUGACUGUGCACGUGUUACAGUAUAUAUAGGGUGCGAUCCCAGCAGCCUGCAGCCACCGCCGCCAGAAUGCAGCGCCUCGCCCUCUUGUUCGUGUGCCUGCUCGGCUCUGCCGUAGCCUUGCCAGCCCGCACCAGGCUCUGGAGCAGGGGCAACAGCCGCAUCAUCGGAGGAAGCAACGCCAACAUCGCAAACUACCCGUGGCAGCUGUCCUUCCAGUAUGGCGGUUCGCACAUCUGCGGAGCCUCCAUCAUCAGCUCCACGUGGGCGCUGACGGCCGCUCACUGUGUGGACGGUAUGAGCCUCCUGCUGAUGACUUUCAGAGCCGGAUCGUCGAUUAGGGGGAGCGGUGGCACCGUCUUGAGUGCCUCCUCUGGCUACAUGCACGCAUCGUACGACAGCGAUACGGUCGACUACGACGUUGCCGUCGUUCAGGUGUCUGGCUCACUGCUCGGUACGAACGCCCAGGCCGUCAGCCUCCCAUCCGACGGCUACGACCCCGCCGGAGGCCUGGCCGUGACCGUCACUGGCUGGGGAUCCACGUACACAAACGGCCCGGCCCCGAGCAACCUGCAGAAGCUGGACAUCAGCAUCGUGGCGCGCUCCACCUGCCAGAGCAUCUUCGCCAACGUGAACACCGUGACGGCCCGAAUGGUGUGCGCCGGCAGUGCGGGCCAGAGCGUCUGCAGCGGAGACUCCGGCGGCCCCCUGGUCAGCGGCAGCACGCAGGUGGGCAUCGUCUCCUGGGGGGUCAGCCCCUGCGAGGCCAGCCCCGGCGUCUACGCCAACGUCGGAAACCUGCGCUCCUGGAUCCGCUCUGCAGCAGGUGUCUAAGGCCUUCUGGAUCACAGCUGCUCUCUGCAGUUUGCCCCUCACGUUUUGACAAGAGCGUUCCUGUUGUAUACAAGAUGAACUCUCACAAAUAAAUGACUGCACAACGUAAUUUAUUCAUUAUUGACAAAGAUACAAUAGAGAAUACUACGAGCACCUAAUGAACGUAAACUUUAUAAUUGGUUAUCACUGGUGAAGCAAAUGCAAGAAACAGAACGGGAAUUUCGCUAAGGACUGUGGUGCGAUUUCACAUGAACACAGGAGCACUCUUGUGGUUAUCUCACGCAUCAGGACUGCCCAUUUGUACAUCACUCUGGUGAAUCGACGUGUUCUGCUGCCAUUCAUGAACAGCAUUCCACAGGGUGAUUUCCAUCAGGAUAAAGCCCUCCCACAUACCACUGUUGUAACCCGACAUGCUCUAUACCGUGUCGACAGGUAGCCUUGACCUGGUCGCUCACCAAAUCUCCAAACGAGUAUAUAUGGGAUAUCGCUGGACGGCAACUCCAGUGACACCCUCAACUAGCAUUAGCCAUCCCUGUAUUGAUCGACCAAUUGAAACAGGUAUGUAACUUCAUCCCACAAACUGACAACCGGCACUUGUACAAUAGAGUGCUUGCUCAUUUGUAUGCUUGCAGUCACCAUUCUGCCUCUUAAACCAGUUAUAAAGGUACCUGCGUUUCACAUUUGCAAAGGAUUCCCUCUUGCUUACAUUCACCCGUGACUUUGCAGUAUUGAUCACCUAAAUAUGUCACAUACUCAAAUGUAUUCCCAAUAUUUCAUUAGUCUGCAGUAAUUAUUUUCUGGUGCGUCGAUGUUUUUACGUGGUAUACGUCUUGUGUUUAUAGGCGCCCAUGACAAAAUAUUGGCUGCGACAGUCUCUUAUAAGCUAGGUGUAAAUCUAUCUCAAAUCGUUCUAGGCACAGUCAAGUCAUCACCAGUGUGCUAGUUCAAGGCGAUUUUAUUAACGGUAUUAGAGAUAUGAAAACAGUGUCAUACUAUGUGUGAUUCUAGGCGCAGAAAACGAAAAGAAGAAUGUCUUUCUCCAACAACCUGCUACCAUUUUUAGGCUGAAGCUGAGUGCGGAGAAUAAAUCAAAGAUACGUUAGUCGGA